AUGUGGGAAUCCGGCUACAGCCUCCCUGCCUGUCUCCUUGCCUCCGGUCUCAUCCUUCUCGACAAUGCGCAUAUUGGUCAGACGCGGUUGAUCCUCCUCGAUGCCACCCUCGUCUUCUCCAUGGCCUGCAGCUUGUUGGCCUACAUUAGAUUUUACAAGCUCCGCCACGAGCCCUUUUCGCGAAAGUGGUGGAAGUGGCUUAUCCUCACUGGCUUCGCGUUGUCUUGCGACAUCUCGACCAAGUACGUCGGUACCUUUGCCUUUGUUACCAUUGGCUCCGCCGUCGUCAUUGAUCUGUGGGAUCUUCUCGAUGUCAAGAGGCCCGGUGGCGCCUUGUCGAUGCAGCUCUUCGUCAGACACUUUUGCGCCAGGGCCUUUGGUCUCAUCAUCAUGCCCUUCCUCUUCUACCUCUUCUGGUUCCAGGUCCACUUCACCGUCCUCUCGCGAUCGGGUCCCGGUGACGCCUUCAUGACCCCCGAGUUCCAGGAAACCCUGAGCGACAACAUUAUGCUUGCCAACGCCGUGAGCAUUGACUACUAUGACACCGUCACCAUCCGCCACAAGGAGACCAAGGCCUAUCUUCAUUCCCACGAGGAGUUCUACCCCCUUCGCUACGACGAUGGCCGCGUUUCGAGCAAGGGCCAGCAGGUGACGGGUUACCCAUUCAACGACACCAACAACCACUGGCAGAUCAUUCCUGUGGUGGACGACAAGGCGGUGGGCCGCCACGUCAUCAACCAUGACCUCGUCCGUCUCCGACACGUCGGAACCGACACCAUCCUCCUCUCUCACGAUGUUGCCUCGCCUUACUACCCCACGAACCAGGAAUUCACCACUGUCUCUGUCGAGGAUGGAUUCGGCAAGCGGGCCAACGACACGUUGUUUGAGAUUCGUAUCGAGCACGGAAAGAACAAGCAAGAAUUCAAGUCGGUCUCGGGCCAAUUCAAGCUGAUCCACAACCCUAGCAAAGUCGCCAUGUGGACGCACACCAAGCCCCUCCCCGACUGGGGCCACCGCCAGCAGGAGAUUAACGGAAACAAGCAGAUUGCGCCCAGCUCCAAUAUCUGGGUGGUGGAGGACAUCCCAUCGCUGCCCAUUGACGCCAAGCGACGAGAGAAGCCGGCCCGCAAGGUGACGUCGCUCCCCUUCUUGCGCAAGUGGUUUGAGUUGCAGAGGUCCAUGUUCUGGCACAACAGCCAGCUCACCAGCAGCCACCCUUACUCGAGCCACCCAUACCAGUGGCCAUUCCUGCUCCGCGGCGUCAGCUUCUGGACCCAGAACGAUACGCGCCAGCAGAUUUACUUCCUCGGUAACCCCAUCGGUUGGUGGUUCGCUAGCAGCUUGUUGGCCGUGUUCGCCGGCAUUGUCGCCGCUGAUCAACUGUCCCUCCGCCGAGGUGUUGACGCUCUCGACCGCCGCAGCCGAUCUCGUCUGUACAACUCGACGGGCUUCUUCUUCCUAGCCUGGGCGACGCAUUAUUUCCCCUUCUGGGUCAUGGGUCGUCAGCUCUUCUUGCACCACUAUCUCCCCGCGCACCUUGCCUCGUGCCUGGUUGCGGGUGCGCUUGUGGAAUUUGUAUUCUGCACCGAGCCGGUGCCGGAAGAGCCCAGCUACCAGGCGGUUAAGUCUGGCAAGAAGGCCGCGCCUGGUCCCAAGCACUUCGUCACGGCUGGUGAGCGCUUCGCCAACCAGAAGCUCGGAGCGGCUUGGAUGGCUAGCGGUGUCAUCAUCGCCGUGGUCCUGGCGAGCUGGUACUUUUUCCUACCUUUGACCUAUGGCUAUCCUGGUCUCUCCGUCGCCGAAGUGCAGCAGCGCAAGUGGCUCGGUUAUGAUCUUCACUUUGCUAAAUAA